AUGCCCGUCGAGCUCCGCAAGCGCAAAGCCCCCGAGCCCGCCCCGGCUCCAGCCCCCAAGAAGGCCUCCUCCAAGAUCGUCAAGGCCGCAGAGAAGGUUAAGGGUGCCGUCAAGGGCAAGGCCGAGAAGCCCGCCCAGAAACCAGCCGACAAGCCCGCCGAGGAGACCGUCGAGAAAGUCGCCGAGGAGCCCGCUGCUGCCAAUGGCUCUGACAAGAAGGUCAAGGCUGUGAAGGGCGAGACGGUCAACCUCGACGGCUUCGGCGGCGAGAUCGAGACCAACGACGGCGAGAAGACGACUCUGAAGGAGCUUGUUGACAAGAGCAAGGCUGGCGUUGUGCUCUUCACUUACCCCAAGGCCUCGACUCCCGGAUGUACGAAGCAAGCCUGUCUCUUCCGAGACUCGUACGAGCCUUUGACCAAGACGGGCUUUGCCAUCUACGGACUGUCAAUGGACUCUGCCAAGGCCAAUACCACCUUCAAGGAGAAGCAGAAGCUGCCCUACCCGCUUCUCUGUGACCCAAAGGCCACCCUCAUCAGUGCCAUCGGGCUCAAGAAGCCGCCCAAGAGCACCCAACGCGGUGUCUUUGUCAUCGACAAGGCUGGCAAGGUCCUCAUCGCCGAGCCCGGCAGCCCCGCCGGCACCGUCGAAGUUGUGACAGCGCUGGUCGAGGGCGGCAACGUCGAGGGCGCUGCUGAGGCUGCCGCCGAAGCCGCUGCCACAGAUGCCAAGGAGGAGGCGCCCAACGGCGAAACAAAGACCGACGAGGAGAAGAAGGAAGAUGCCGCUGAUGGAACCGAGAAGAAGGACGAGUGA